GAACCCAAUACCCUGCCCACCAGCCCAUUUAAACCCAGAAAGAACGCGUAAAGUAAACGCCCGGGGAUUUUUACUGUAUUAUUUUUGUUGAAAGUUUUUUGAUCCAAGAAAAAGAUAAAGAGAGAUGGGAGGUGUGACAAAGGAGCAAGUCGAGUCAGCCCUUAGGUCUAAAUUAGCUCCUUCUCAUCUUGAAGUCAUCGAUACAUCUGGAGGGUGUGGUGCAAGUUUCCAAGUUGAAAUUGUUUCCGAACAAUUUGAAGGUAAAAGGUUGUUAGAAAGGCACAGGAUGGUGAACGGAGUUCUGGCAGAGGAGAUGAAAGACAUUCAUGCUCUCUCCAUAACCAAAGCUCAGACCCCCGACCAAUGGAAGAAACUACAAGAAUCCCAAACUUCCCAACCUGCCCCCUAAUACUGCUUUCCUUGCUAGUUAUUCUACAAUAAUGACAAAAAUAAUCAUCCUUUUGGAUCAAACCCUGUCUGUAAUCUUUAUUGCUCGGACUCCUAAUGCUUAAGAUUUGGUUA